AUGAUCGACCCGGUUCUGGUGGAGUCGGCGACGGUGUCGACUGUGGUCCUUUGUGUCCAUGCGGCACUGUGGAACCAGCACUCGUGGUGCGCGGUGGGGCUGCUGGUCCAGGCCUUCUACUCGCAGCGCAAGUGGGACCGCCUGCUCAAGUCGGACGGCGCCGUCUUUCAGUUCCGGCCGGCCGCCGGCAGCAGCGGUGUGGUGCCGGCUUCGCUGGUGAUGCCUCUCCUGGGUCUGGUCCUGCGGGCCCAGUGCGCCUCGGCGGGUCAAGUGCACCUGGAGCGCUUCUUCAUGGUGGUGACUGUGAGCGGCAUGGUCCUAGCGCUCUUCGUGUCCUUGAUCGCGCUGGGCGUCACGCGGCCGGCGCCAGUUCACGCCUGCGCGGCGGCCGGGCUGUCGGCCGCCUCCGUGGCCUACGCGGCCAAGCGGACCCUGACCGUGUCGGAGGUGAUCGAGGUCCUGGAGGUGCUCCUGAUCUUCGUCUACCUCAGCUUGAUCGCGCUGUACCUGCUGCCGCGAUGCUUCACGCCCGGCGAGGCGCUCCUGGUGGUGGGCGCUGUUAGCGUGGCGCUUAACCAGCUGAUCAAGCGCUCGCUGAGCCGGACCGAGGCGGACGGCGGGGGCGACCCGCUCACCUAUCUGCUGCCCGUGCUGUCGGUAGGCUUGCUCCUGCUGGGCGCGCUCUUCGCCCUGCUCUUCCGCUUCAUGGAGUCGGAGACGUGGGCGUCCUCGCUCUUCUUCCACACCGUGACGGCCGUGCUGGCCCUGGGCGUCCUGGCGCCGUGGCUAUCGCUUUUCAUCGGACGCCAUCCUCUCACCUGGUUGUGGGACUUUGUCACUUUGGACCGCCGGCGUCUGGAACUGGUGGCGUACUGGGCCUUUCUGUGCUUGGCGGCCGCCGGCGUGGUCCUGCUGCAGAACCGACGGCGCCCGGCGGGCUCAGAGAAGCGCCAGGCUUCCACCACCGUGCGCAAGUACUUCCACGUCAUUGCCGUGGCCACCUUUGUGCCGGGGCUCCUCUACGACCGGCGCUUGCUGCACGUGGCGUCGGCGGGGUGCCUGGCGGUCUUCCUCUUUCUGGAAUACGUGCGCUACUUCCGGAUUAAGCCGCUUGGGACACCGCUCCGCCGGCUCCUCGCCUCAUUCCUGGACGACCGGGAUUCUGGUCCGCUUAUCCUCACCCACGUCUACCUCCUGCUGGGCAUGGCGCUGCCCGUCUGGCUUUCGCCGACGGCGUGUGCGUCAGCAGGGGCGGGCGGCCUAGCGCCCUACGCCGGCGUGCUGGCAGUGGGCGUUGGCGACGCGGUGGCGGCCGUUUUCGGCGCCGCGCUGGGCGAGCUCCGCUGGCCCGGCACCCGCAAGACUGUCGAGGGCACGGCCACCUCGGUGCUGGCUCAGGUGGCCGCCGUGGCCCUCUUGCUGAUUUUUGACGCGGAGGUGGACCUGGACGGCGCCUUCUCUUGGGUCCUGGCCUCAGUGACUUUGGUGGCCGUGCUGGAGGCCUACACCGCUCAGAUCGACAACCUGCUGCUACCGCUCUACCUGCUCGUCCUGCUCAUGCUCUGA